GGUUCGAUCAACUCAUGCAAUUUCGAGCUGAAACUGGUAGAUUUAAUGCAUGGAUGAAUAUAUUGGAAAAUACAAUUAACAGUCGUGGUCGUUAUGGUAGUUUAGUAAACGCUAGUGAGGAAUUUAAAAAAGGCGGUAUCGGCAUUGAUGGUUCAAUAAUGGAAUAUGUGCUUUCCAAUAUGAUCUUGGUGAAUUCAAUUGUUGGCGUAUGUGAGGACGUAGAAGACAGAGUACGCUUGAGAAAUCAGUUACACGAUUGCAAUUUAUCACGUAUUAUUGAGAAAAUGAGAACGUUAAAUUAUGAGUUGAUUAAUCGUCAAAUAAGUAAAUUUGAAAACGAUAGUGAAUUGGAUUUUGAAGAGGUUACGGAGUAUUACAAUCAACAAAUUCUACAAGAUAUGACAUAUCCUUUUAUUAUAUUUCUUUUGACAUAUAUGUGUAUUCUUAGUUCAGUCGAAGGAACAAAAGCACACGAUUUCUUCUUGUCCACAUUACAACAAAUGCUACUAAUUCGUGAUGAAGGCGAGACAAGAACACGUUAUUUUCAACUUAUUAACGCUUUAAUUACGCAAAUUGUUCGUGAUCGGCGAGUACCUGAUCAAGAUUUGAAUAGUUCAAUUAACAUCAUUGUUUCUCAAGUUUUACGUAAGUUGGAUGAACAGGAAAAACUUGAAGCAGCUCUUGAAGCAGCUCUUGAAGAAGCAAAGGAAGCCAAGGCUAUAGCUGAAAAAGCAUUACGUGAAAAGAAAGAAUUGGAAAAUGAGCUUUCAUCAAGAGAAGUUCAAAUCGCCGAAAAAGAUUUAUUGAUACGAAAAUAUGAAACUAUAUUAAAAGAGCUAGGUUAUUCAAAUGAUUCUG